AUGGCCAACGAAUCCAUCUCCAAGGCCGAAACUGGUGGCAGCUUCGUCCAAGAGACUACAGAAAAAGAUGGCGCCCCUGUCUACGAAUACGAUCGUCUCGCUGAGCGCAAGCUGCGCAACAAGAUCGACCUCAUGAUCAUGCCCACGACAUGCCUGCUGUAUCUCUUCUGCUUCAUCGAUCGCGCCAACAUUGGCAACGCGCGCAUUGCUGGCAUGGAUGUAGAACUGGGAAUGAAGGGCUUCGACUACAAUGCCACCCUCUCCAUGUUCUACGUCUCCUACAUUGUCUUUGAGCUGCCCUCCAACGUCGUCUGCAAGCUCGUCGGUCCCGGAUGGUUCAUCCCCUUCCUUACCGUCAUGUUUGGCAUUUGUUCCAUCGGCUGCGGCUUCGUCCAGACCACUCAGCAGAUGAUGGGUGUCCGCUUCCUGCUCGGCAUCUUCGAGGCGGGCAUGAUGCCUGGCGUGGCCUACUACCUGUCACGGUGGUACCGUCGCUCCGAGCUGACGUUUCGCAUGGGAUUGUACCUCGUGACGGGACCCGUGGCUGGUGCCUUUGGCGCGCUGCUUGCGGGUGCCAUCCUGAACCUCGACUCCUUCGGCGCGGCCAAGGGCUGGCGGAUGAUCUUUGCCAUUGAGGGCGUCGUGACCAUCAGUCUGGGUGUCAUCGGCUUCUUCACGCUGACCGACCGCCCUGAGACAGCGCGCUGGCUGUCCGCCGACGAGAAGCGUCUCUGUGAGGAGCGCCUGCGUAGCGAGCGUCUCGGCGCCACAAAGGUCCUCGACAAGCUGGACAAGAAGAAGCUCGUCCUCGGAAUGUUCAACCCCAUGGUCAUCACCACUUCGGUUAUCUUCCUCUUCUGCAAUAUCACCGUCCAAGGCCUCGGCUUCUUCCUGCCCACCAUUGUCGGCAGCAUCCACGCGGACAAGACCGUCAUCCAGAAGCAGCUCUUCACCGUGCCACCGUACAUUGUCGGCUCUAUCGUCACGCUCAUUAUCCCCCUCCUCAGCUGGCGCUGGGACAGGCGUCAGAUCUUUAUGAUUGUCACCGCGCCCAUGGGUAUCACCGGGUACAUCAUCUUCCUCGCCACCACCAACCAGACCGCCCGCUACGCUGCCACAUUCCUCAUCACCUCCUCGGCCUUCUACCUGGGCGCCCUCACCAACAGCCAGGUCUCGGCCAACGUCGUUUCUGACACGGCGCGCACUUCCGCCAUUGGCCUCAACGUUCUCUUUGGCAACAUUGGCGGCCUCAUCUCGACCUGGUCCUUCUUGCCCUUUGACGCGCCCAACUAUCCCAUUGGUAACGGCUUGAACCUGGGUGUCCAGAUGGGCACCCUCACCAUUGCCACGAUCAUGCUGUUCUGGAUGAAGAGGAAUAAUGCGGCGCGCGACAGGCGCGAGACCGAGGAGCUCGACAAGAUUCGGGACAUGACCCGCGAGGAGCAGGAGGAUUUGGACUGGAAGCACCCUUCGUUCCGCUGGAGGUCGUGA